CACAGAGGGGAGUCCCAGCCUCCCGGCUCUAGCCCGGGCCCCGGCGCUAAGACCCAGCAGGAGCUCCGGGGAGUGAGAGGAGAGUGGGCUGGAGCCCGUCGGUCCUGCGGCUGCUCGGGGAGCCUCGGGGACGCGGCGCGGGCAUGGCUCGCGCGGCGUGGGGGCUGCUGUGGCUGCUGCUGGGCAGCGCCGGCGCGCAGUACGAGAAGUACAGCUUCCGAGGAUUCCCUCCGGAGGACCUGAUGCCCCUGGCCACGGCCUACGGCCACGCGCUGGAGCAGUACGAGGGCGAGAGCUGGCGCGAGAGCGCGCGCUACCUGGAGGCGGCGCUGCGGCUGCACCGGCUGCUGCGCGACAGCGAGGCCUUCUGCCACGCCAACUGCAGCGGCCCUGCCGCCGCCUCGCAGCCCCGGCUCGAGCCCGGCCCCGAAGGAGACGGCGAUGGCGAGGACUGGGCUCGGGAGCUGCGGCUCUUCGGCCACGUCCUGGAGCGCGCCGCCUGCCUGCGGCGCUGCAAGAAGACGCUGCCCGCCUUCCAGGUCCCCUACCCGCCGCGGCAGCUGCUGCGAGACUUCCAGAGCCGCCUGCCCUAUCAGUACCUGCACUACGCGCACUUCAAGGCGAACCGACUGGAGAAGGCGGUGGCUGCGGCCUACACCUUCCUCCAGAGGAACCCCAAGCACGAGCUGACCGCCAAGUAUCUCAGCUACUACAGGGGGAUGCUGGAUAUCGGAGAUGACUCCCUUACGGACCUGGAGGCCCAGCCCUACGAGGCCGUGUUCCUCCGGGCUGUGAAGCUGUACAACAGCGGGGACUUCCGCAGCAGCACGGAAGACAUGGAGCGGGCCCUGGCUGAGUACAUGACGGUCUUCGCUCGCUGUCUAGCUGGCUGUGAGGGGGCCCACGAGCAGGUAGACUUCAAGGACUUCUACCCAGCCAUAGCAGAUCUCUUUGCAGAGUCGCUGCAGUGCAAAGUGGACUGCGAGGCCAACCUCACCCCCAACGUGGGUGGCUACUUUGUGGACAAGUUUGUGGCCACCAUGUAUCACUACCUGCAGUUUGCCUACUACAAACUGAACGACGUGAGGCAGGCCGCCCGCAGCGCUGCUAGCUACAUGCUCUUUGACCCCAAGGACAGCGUCAUGCAGCAGAACCUGGUGUAUUACCGCUUCCACCAAGCUCGCUGGGGCCUUGAAGAGGAGGACUUCCAGCCCCGGGAGGAAGCCAUGCUCUACCACAACCAGACCUCUGAGCUUCGGGAGUUGCUAGACUUCACACACAUGUACCUUCAGUCAGAUGAUGAGAUGGAACUGGAGGAGACGGAAUCAUCCCCAGAGCCUGAAGAACCCCCAUCUGACGCCGAGUUUGAAGGCGAGGGUGACUAUGAGGAGGGCCUGUAUGCCGACUGGUGGCAGGAGCCAGAUGCCAAGGGUGAUGAGGCUGAGGCCGAACCAGAGCCUGAACUGGCAUAAGAAUGGUGACACGGCAUGCCCUUCAAGCUCAGGACGCCUGGCUGGCAGCAAGAACUAUUUAUUAAAAUUUAAAGUGGCCGGGUGUGGUGGCGCACGCCUUUAAUAUCAGCAUUCCCAGGGAGGCAGAAACAGGAGGAUCUCAGAGUUUGGGGCCAGCCUGGGCUACAGAGUGAGAUCCAGGCCAGGCCAGGCUACAUAGUGAGAUCUCGUUUCAAAACAAAAACAGCUGAGUGUGGUGCACAGGCUUUUAAUUGCAGCACUUGGGAUGCAGAGGCAGGUGGAUCUCCGUGAGUUCCAGGCUAGCCUUGCCCAUGUAGUGAGUUCCAGGCCGGUCAAGGCUACAUAGCGAGACCCUGUCUAAACAGUAAAACAAAAAACCUCAGAAGGGACACAGCUAACCUAGCUCCCACCCAGACCCCACCCCACCUUUCUGUGUCCUUGAACCGCAGAAUGGUGGCCAUAUUGCUGGUUGGCAAGUGAGCUGUUGGGGUCCCUCUUCCCCCUUUCUGCUCCUCAAGGUGGGCGUUCUGUCUUCCAGCUUGAGUCUCCCAGGACCAAGGCCUGCCGGGUGACAGCUGAUGGUUGUGUCUGGGCUGCAGAUCGGGUGGUGAGGAACUCUGAGCACGAGAGUUCUGGUGCUCAAUAAAUGUUUAUGGUGGAAUGACUCAGUGCGUUUGAGGCCAGUCUCCAAGGCUGAGCUGUGUGGGUACAGGUCCUUGCUUCCCUCCCUCUGCCAGCCUUCCCUUAUCUGUGCAAUGCCAGCUGGGGUACCCUGUGGCCUUGGCAGGUCCUCUUACAGCCCUGACAUCUGAUUGAAACCGAGGAUCCCUGUUAGCUGUGUGCAGUCUCAGACCUGCCACCAGGGGGCAUGAAGACAUAGUUCCCCCGUAGCCUUCGGAAGAUGGUGGUUUCAGAUUUCUAACCAAAGUUUGGCUGGAUUGGUCUAGACCCAGGGCAUUUGGCUUGGGGCUUAGAGUGAUACGAAGAGGGCAUUAAAGACAUUC